AUGGCCAACUUGGAUAAGGAACAGAGGUGGAAAGGUGUGAUAACAUCUUCGGCGUCGGAUGCCCUAGCUGUAUCCUAUACGGCAAAGAAGUUUAGAACCCCAUCGAUAAUCGUUUUGCCAGAGCAUACUGCAAAAGCCAAGAUCAAGGAAUUGAAACGUCUCGGGAGUACGGUCAAGUUACACGGGCUGAGUGCCGAUGCCGCGAAGGAGGCGUCCUUGCGGCUGCAAUCACUUCAUGAUCUGAUUGUGAUGCCCCAACCUGGAGAUGAAUAUGUCAUCGCAGGUUAUGGGACUAUCGGACAAGAGAUAAUACAGCAAGCAAUCCAUCCUCAGAUUCAAGCAGUCUUCUGUCCGAUUACCUGCGGAACCCUGGUAGCCGGCCUAGGCAUAUAUCUCAAACGCAUCGCUCCCCAUAUCAAAGUCAUCGGAGUACAGCUCCAUGAUUCAACUGACAUCUCACGGUUGAUACACUGCAAAGGAAAGCCGACUUUGGAAGAGUACUUACUAUCGAAGAACGUCUGCCAAAAGACUGCCCGGAUCUGCAGUGAUGUGAUAGAUGACAUAGUUCAAGUCACUAUGAACGAGGUCCUGAUAGCAAUAAAGAACAUAUACGAAAACACACGGCAGCUUGUCAACGCAGAAGGUGCACUGGCUGUUGCUGGGAUGAAGAGCUGGAUUACGUCGAAUGGACUUGUAGGAUCGGAAAAGGACUUUAUUGCGAUCACGUCAGAAGCUCAACUCGACUUUUCGGAGAUAUUAGCUAUUGUCAAACAAGCCUCGUUGGCUGAGAUGGCGAUGGAGAGCGAGAAUGACAGUGGACUAGAAUCACUGGCGCAUCGUGCAAGGACAGCAUCGGCUUGUGCUGGCGACGGAUGGUCCAGCAGUACGACUGUCGUUGGCACUGAAACUACCGCCAGCUUUACAUCUGAUGUUGACGGCAGUCUUUGGAAUAGCUAA